AUGAAAGACGAGGCUGUACUGCUGUCAUGGCUGAUUGUGCUCCUGCGCGCCCAAGACGACGUCCAGAUUCGCUUCCAGUGGGCGUACAAUGACGGGUCUAGCGAGCCAGAUACCAAGACCCUCAAAAUGGAGGUGGUCUUUCCUGAUGGGCUCCAAACCACCGUGAGCACAGCAAUCGAGAGCAUAUCCAAGCACAUCGCAACGGAGGCGCAAGCCGGACAGUCGAUGUUGGAGUCCGGCAGCCUCCUCCUCAGCACGGGGUCACUAUCGACCUCCUCUGACAACGUCAAUGAAGAGCCGACCCUCUACAUUGAGGUCAGUUUUCGAGACCAAAGUCUGGAAGUCCGGCCCGCGUGGAUGUCCAACAACAUGCUUCCCUUCACAGUCACCCGACAUAUCGACACCCUCGUGCACACCGUCCACGCCGGCCUAUCCAACCCAAACACCACCAUCCAGUCCUACUUGCACACCAUACCAUACGAUCUGGACAACAUCUGGCGCUGGAACCACACCCUCCCGCCGACUUACAACUUCUGCAUGCAUGACAUGGUCGCCGAGCGGGCUCGCCGUUCCCCGACAAAAGUAGCAAUCUGCUCCUGGGACGGCGACCUCACCUACGCCCAGGUAGACCAGUACUCGACCCAAGUUGCUUACACGCUGCAGCAGCAACUUGGCGUCCGCCAGGGGGACAUCGUCCCCGUGUGUUUUGAAAAGUCCCGCUGGACCGUCGUCGCCAUAUUAGCCGUCAUGAAAGCCGGGGCGACCUUUGCAAUGAUGGACCCAUCGCUGCCACUGGGACGGCUGCAGAAUAUGGCCGUGCAGGUCGGUGCAGCAACCAUCUUGACGUCACGAGACCAGCACGACCUGUCCGUGGAGAUUCUGCCGUCCGGAAACUACUUCGUCGUCGAGGCGGAUAUCUUCUCCGCCGCCGUGGGCCCCACGACGGCUUCAGGGGCAGACCUACAGCCUGUGACACCGUCAACUCUCAUGUACAUCAUAUUCACCUCCGGCAGCACGGGGACCCCCAAAGGAGUGACGGUGUCGCACCAGACGUACACCAGUAGUGCGGUGCCCCGCGCCCAGGCCGUAGGGUACAGCGAGACGUCGCGAGUUCUGGAUUUUGCGUCGUACGCGUUCGACGUCAGUAUUGAUAGCAUGCUGCUGACGCUCGGGAACGGCGGGUGUCUGUGCAUCCCGUCCGAUGAGGACCGGCUGAACGAUAUCAAUGGCGUUAUUCGCAGGAUGGAAGUCAACUACGCGGGGAUCACGCCGUCGGUGGCUCGCAUCCUGGAGCCGGACGUUAUUGCGUCGCUCAGCAGCGGCCUUGGGCUCGGCGGGGAGGCUGCUUCGUCCAGGGACGUGACGAUCUGGGGCCGGGAUGCGCGGAUUAUCAUCGGGUAUGGGCCGUGUGAGUGCACGAUCGGCUGCACCGUGAACAGCAGCGCAGCAACGGGGCGAGACUACAUUUCCAUCGGGCCUGGCAACGGCGCUGCUAUUUGGAUUGUGCGCCCUGACGACCACAACUCGCUUGUUCCGGUGGGUGCGGUGGGCGAGCUGUUGGUGGAGGGUCCUAUUGUCGGCCAGGGAUAUCUCAACGACCCGGAGAAGACGGCCGCGGCAUUUAUCGAGGACCCUCCCUGGCUGACGGCAGGGCAUAAGAAUCAUGCGGGCCGCCGAGGCCGUCUGUACAAGACAGGGGAUCUGGGGAGAUACGAUCCCGAUGGAUCGGGGGGUAUUGUCUUUGCUGGACGAAAAGAUACCCAGGUUAAAUUGCGCGGACAACGCGUGGAGCUUGGCGAGAUCGAGAGCCAACUGAAAGCGAUACUUCCAACCAACACUGUGGUCAUUGUGGAAGUUAUCAAGACCCUGGGGCAGCCGACUUUGGUGGCGUUUAUUGCCAUCUCUCAAUCGACGGGAAACCAGGGGCGUCCCUGUGAGCUCCAGUCGGCCGACUUCACGGCAGAGCAGCAUGGUAUGCUCACGUCGGCCGAUGCAGAGAUCGCUAAGGUCCUGCCUCGGUACAUGGUUCCCACGACAUACAUCCCCGUGAACCAUAUCCCCGUUCUCAUCUCCGGCAAGACCGACCGGAAACGUCUUCGGGAGUACGGAGCCACUGUCGACCUGAGACAGCUCGAUCAGAAAAGUACCAGCCAAAACAUGGCUCGGGAAUUGACGGUGACCGAGCAGCGUCUACGCGAUGCGUGGGCCAGCGUGCUGCAACUCAACGCGACCGGUAUCCGUCUUCAAGAUAACUUCUUCGCGCUUGGAGGCGAUUCGUUAUCAGCCAUGCGACUAGUUCCAGUAUGCCGAGCGCAUGGCCUCGACCUCACGGUUGCGGAGACGUUCAGUAACCCUACCCUCUUUACAAUGGCGAGCAUCAUAAAAGCCUGCACGGUAGAAGACGAAGUUCAAACCCGCGCGUUUUCCCUCAUCAUGGGAGAGACAGAAUCCGUCUGCCUCGAAGCGUCGCAGGUCUGUGGGGUCACCCGAGCAGCAGUCGAAGAUAUCUACCCUUGCACGCCCACCCAAGAGUCACUUUUCACAUUCUCUCUCAGGUCCGCUGAGCCAUAUAUUGCUCAGCGAGUGGCAUGUAUCCCACAAAACACCGAUUUGGAUGCGUGGAAGAAAGCGUGGGAGCAGGUCGUCGCGAAAAGUCCCAUAUUGCGGACGCGACUGGCUCAGCUGCAGGGGGAGCCGGGUCUCCAGCAGGUGGUGCUUAACACAGGCCAGAUCCAAUGGAGAGAGGCUGCAGACCUGGAGCACUACCUGGACAUCGAUCACACGGAGACAAUGGGUCUUGGACAGAGUCUCGCCCGCUAUGCUAUCAUAACGCCACCCGGUGAUAUGCAGCGAUAUAUGGUGUGGACGGUCCACCAUGUUCUCUACGACGGGUGGUCUGAGCCGCUCAUUCUGAAACAAGUGAGUGAUGCUUUACAGGGGAUGGUCGACACGUCGUCAGCGGCACAGAUCCGGCAGUUCGUAGGCUAUGUCCGCGACAUCGACGAAACCGCCAUGCAGCAAUACUGGAGAGGGGAAUUGCACGGGGCCGUGGGCCCUCAGUUCCCGCGUCUCCCAUCCCGCGAUCAUGUGCCCAACCCUGACGCCAUGCGGGAGCGCCACAUCUCGCUUCCAGAUGCUAGUCCCGGGUGGCCCUUCACGGUGGCUACCCUGAUCCGGGGCGCGUGGGCGCUGUUGGCGUCACGCUAUGCUGGGAACGACGACGUCGUCUUCGGUGAAACACUCACGGGUCGAGACAUCCCGUUAGCGGGGGUGGAAGACAUCGUCGGACCGUUGAUCGCGACGGUUCCUGUUCGAAUCCGUGUGUCCCGAGCGGACACCGUCGGCUCGUAUCUGCAGACCGUCCAACAGGGGCCUCUCACCCGAACGCCCUACCAGCAUAUGGGGAUGCAGAAUAUCCGCAAGGUGAGCGAUGAUUCGCAGCACGCCUGUGAAGCUCCCACUGGGCUGGUCAUCCAGCCCGAACCGGAGUAUGUCGGGGGCGAGCUCGGGUUCACGCACGGAGAUGUCGUCCGGGAGGCUCUUCAUUUCAACCCGUACCCCCUCAUGCUGGCCUGUGGGAUCCAGAAGACGGGCGGUUUCAGAGUCUGCGCCAGCUUUGAUAGCGCGAUUAUCGAGGUUGCUCAGAUGGAACGCAUCCUAGCGCAGUUAGAAACGGUUUGCCAUGAGUUAAUGGGCAACGGCCUUUCGCACAACCUAAACGAGAUAUCCUGUGUUCCGGAGGUGGAAUUGAACCAGAUCUGGCAGUGGAACAAAACACCGCCUCUGUCCAUGGACGAUAGUACUGCAACGCCGCGUGCGAAUUCCGCGAUAACGUCGGGAUCGGAGUAUCCCCCCGCGGCGGUCCCGUGGGUCUGUGAUCUGCGCAACCCAUCGCUCCUCUCACCGAUUGGUAGCCCCGGCGAGCUUUGCCUCGAGGCCGGUUUUCUCCAGGGCGAUGAUGUUGUCGAAUCGCCAGAGUGGCUCGUGGCUGGGAGCUCCAUCUGCUCGGGCCGUCAGGGUAAAGUCCAGCGUACUGGUGAUAUAGUGCAGUUACGAGAUGAUGGGACGGUUGUGUUCAUUGGCCGCAAGGAGAACGUGGUAUCGCUACACGGCCAUGCCGUGAACCUUGCUGACCUCGAGGAUCUCUUCGCCCAGUACCUCCCAGCCACAGCACGGGCUGUCGCCGUGGUUAGCGAAAUUCUGUCGCAAGAGGAGGACCUCGUGGUUUUUAUUGAGUCGCCAGGGUCAGAGACGGAAUGCGUCACGUUGAUAUCCACGGAGCACUAUCUGGUUAUGGAAGGCUCUGAAAGCGCAAUCUGCUCCCGCAUUUCGAUCCACCUAGCAGCAGCACUAAAACGAUUAGACAAGUUUAUCCGGGAUUCUCUGCCAUCAUACAUGGCCCCUACCUGCUAUAUUCCUAUUCAGAAGAUGCCCACCAACGGAGGGCAGGUUGAUCGCGCUAUACUCAGUCACCUUGCCUCGGACGUUCCGAGGACGACCAAGCAUAUAUUAACAGAAGCCCUUCAGACUGCAUGGGCACAGGGCUCCACACACGCCGACCUGACAGUAGCGCAGAAGAUCUUACGGUCUGCGUGGGCAACGAUUCUCCGAGUUCUCCCGGACGAGAUUGAUGUUGACGACAAUUUCUUCCGACGGGGUGGUGACUCCGUGCUGGCCAUGAAGCUCGUCGCUCUCCUUCGAGCCGAUGGUCACCGGCUGACAGUGGCCGAUAUCUUCCAACACAUGCGACUGGGCGAUGCUGCGAAGCGUUUGAAGAUGGACAGUUACACCUUGCGACCGGCGCCAGUUCAAUCCUACCAGCGGUUCUCCACGCUUGACGAGUCGAGUGUCGAGCAGUUCUGCCAGGGGACGGUCAAGCCCAAACUCGCUGAUCCAAGCUGGGGUAUUCAAGACGUCUACCCCGUGACGGACUCACAGGGCCUCGACAUUCGUGGGACUGUCCAUUCCCCGCGCACAUCUUUCCAGUACACCACGCUUUAUUUCGAUGAGCAGAUCGACGCCGCACGCCUCAUUCGGGCCACAACCGAGCUGAUCCAAAAGCAUGACAUCCUGCGGACCGUCUUUGUCCAGCACAAGGAGAGCUUCCUUCAGGUUGUUCUGGAUCGGCUGGACGACUCCGUGGUAACCACUCAACACGCUAGCACCGGCGACAACUUCCAGACAUUCAUCAAACAGCUCUGUAACAAGAACAUUGAGUUGCCCUUCACACUGGGAUCCCCGUUCCUGCGGAUCUUCCAUGUCCAAGACAACGCCAGUCGCCACCACUGCCUUGUCCUCGGUCUCUCGCACGCCCAAUAUGACGGUAUCUCACUACCCCUGCUCCUCCGGGACCUAGAUACCCUCUACACCAACCCUCAACAAGCACUACAGCACGUUCCCUUCUCCCACUACAUCUCGCGCAUCCACGAUACAACCCUCCAAGCAGAAGCCACCACCUACUGGCGCAGCGUUCUCCGCGACUCCACCCUCUCCAUUCUCCCAGGCCAAACCACCCAGCCAACCGACCGCGCAAUCUUCCACACCCAACCCGUAUCCCUAUCCCACGACCCCUCCACGCAAGAAAUCACACCCGCAACCCUCCUCACGGGCGCCUGGGCGCUUGUCCUCGCCCGCCGCCUGCAAACUGCAGACGUGACGUUCGGCGGCGUAACCAUGGGCCGCCAGGUUGAGGUCUCACUGGCGGGGACGGAGACCGUCGCGGGACCCUGCUACCAGCUGACGCCCAUUCGGGUCGUGUUCCAGAAUGGCUGGACCGCCCGCGAUCUACUGCGGAGUGUGCAGCGACAGGGUGCCGAGUCGGCCGGGCACGAUUUCCUAGGCUUCAGGCGUAUCCAGGACGAAUGUACGCGGUGGUCGAAGGACGCGAUCGGGUUCGACUCGCUCGUACAUCAUCAGGAUUGGGAAGAUUUUGAUGCGAUGGAUUUUGCGGGGGCACGGUGUCUGGUUGAGCAGGAAGAUCCGCAUGGCGAUGCACCGGCGCCGAUGAAGAUUGUGUCGUUUGUGAGAGAGGGGCGUAUGCAUGUUGGGGUUGUUGGGAGUGAACGGGACAGAGAGUUGGUGGAUGAGGUGUUGGGUGAGCUGGGGAAUGCGGUGGAGGAAAUUGGAGGGGAGGGAGGUGUUUUAAGAGUAUAG